AUGGACUUUGUCAAGAACCUCACAGGCGGCGGUAAGGAAGGCGGGCAGCAGGGGCAACAGGAGGAGCAGAGGACUGGGGGCGGUGGUCUGAUGGACAAGCUCAACAACGUGGCUGGAGGUGGUGCUGCGGGAGAGAAGAAGGAAGAUGGUCUGGACAAAGGUGUCGACUGGGUUCAGGAGAACAUCCUCAAGCAGGGUGACCAGUCAAACGAAUCUGCUGUCGAGCAGGCCAAAGACGAACAGAUCUCGGACUUCAUCCGCAAACAGUACAAGUCCCAGACUGGGAGUGAUUUUCCUGUCGCAGACAAAUAG